UUCAAGGCAUGGAUAAUGUCUUGGAUAACCUUUUCCUACAUUUCCUGCCGCAUCAGGGCGUUGCACAGUGAUUCCUUUACUUCUUGCAUCAUUGCUGUGUCAUUGACCAACUGCAGUUUCCUCUGUCAACUGCAAAGGUUUACACAUAUUGAUAUUGCAUUAAUAUGUUUUCACGAGUCGAGCAAGGUUUUUAUGAAAAGAACCUGCAUGACAAGAGGGGUCUUCAGUGUCAAUGGUGCCAGCAGCCAGACAACAGACUGAACUGAAAUGUAGUCAGCACUAGCAUGCCAGGUAACUGCUGCAUACCUUCUUGUGAAUUAUGUGAGGAUGUAUAAUUUUCUUGGGAUACAUAUAUUGGCCUUACUUUGAAGCAAUCACCUGGCUAAUUUACAAAACUAACUACUUGCUGCUGAUUGUAAGGAUGCAUAAUUUUCUAGGGACACAUAUCAACCUACUUCGAAGUAGUCACUUGCCUCAGUACAGAACUAACUACUUAGUACUGACAUGAUGACUUCUCCUUAUGUGGCUUUGAAGUGCCAUUAUUUAUUUAUUUUGAAACGAAUAGGCAAAAGCCUCACAUACUUAUAUUAAAAGAAGAGUUACAAUAUGUACAAGGGUCUCUGGCUACAAAAGCAAGAUUUGAUAAUCCUUAAUGGCAUCGGUAAUGAAAAAUUGUACUGCUAGUAGCAACUGGCUGGAACUAGUUCUACAGCUCACUUUUCUGUACAUCGCAUGAUCCAAACUCAGCAAGAUGGGUGAUAUCAUCAAUAUUUUCUGGGAGCCUCCACUCUUCCAGUGUUCUGAAAAAUCCAUGUGAUGUCUUUCUCUUGAUUGGUACUUCUCGACAUCUCCAACAUCCUCAGGCCCAAAGAAAGAAAAUGAAUCAUCAGUGGCAUCUUGGAGGCCAUGCAUACUCAUUUCCAGCUUCUGAGCAUGCUGAAGAGUUUCUGCCAUGCUACCUCCAUGACAGACCACUUGAUUAUCUAAAUAUGUAAAUCAUUUCUCAUCUUCCAGAGAACCCACAACAAUGCUAAGGAUAUUCACGUUAACUAUUACUGGCAUGCCAUGCAUUAUAUCUGUUUAUCUUGAUUUAUGCAGUGAGUUUCCAUGGCUCUAUCUGACUACAGUUCCGUCCAUAUAAGCUAGCAGUAUCAGUUGUUUUAAUAUUUAGUCUUCACCUCCCAUGUAGGAAAAGCUAUGCAGUAACUUCACAUUGUUUUAUCUGACUGCAAUUGCAUGGUUGCGCCCAUAUAAGUUUGCACAAUGAAUUGUUUUAACUUUUGUUCUCCAUCUUCCAUGUAUGAAUCAGAGAAAGCGUGACUGGAAACUAGGUUAUUCGGUGAUGAAGCGAAGUAAGUUAGGUUUAUUUGAAUUUGGUAGAUAAUUUGUUGUUUUGAUUUUUUUUUCUGCAAGGGACAAAGAAUAGUAUGUAUCUGAUGCAAAAUAGAUUGUUCUUGAAUUAACUACUCUGGAUUUGUGAUAAAUAUUUUCCAUCGUUACCAUUCCUACGUUUUCUUCCUCUGGGAAUCAAACGAAUAUUCUAAUAUUUAUUUGUUCACGGGAUCUUAAAUCUAAUUGUUUUUCACAAUAUGAUAUUUUAAAUUAUCACAUGAUAUCUUACUUGACUGGCUACAUCACCUUUCCUUACACAUUUUACCUAGCCAAAGCUGAACGUUACACCAUUUCUCAAAAAUAAAAUAAAAUAAUUGAAGACUUACAUAAGUUCGUCGGAUCUAGACAACAAUCUUAUGUACUUAACUAGGAUAUCAUUUGGGUACAACGUGGAUGAGAAUACGUAAUCAAUGAUGCAACAACCGUCCAGCUAAAAGUAAACUGGCACAAAUUGAAUGCCACCAUGUUUUUUCCCCAUUGCUGCAUACUGCCUAAAAUUCAAAUGCUUCAGCAGUGCAGGUUCCUCGAUAUCAUCCUCAAAGGGCAUGCCUAAGACAUCCCAUUUAAGUCAAUCAACUCGUACUAGUACACAAAUUGUUCAUCAUAUUAUUUAGAUUGCGUGCAUCGCAAGUAUGGCCAUAUUGUGACAGAGCACAAAGCUAAGAUUUAUUAGCUCCAUGCAAGUUUAGGCCAACUUUCUAACAGGACCAACACUUGGGUCAUGGAAAUUCUCUUUUCCUGGCAGCGCCUUCAGGGCACUAGAAUUGCCCCUAGUCCAAGGGCAACUGAGAAAGAGACAUUUGUCCUUCUUGCAUUCGAACCUCAUAUUUUCAACAGAAAAUAAAGCGUGCACUUUUGCAACUUUAAUUCUACACAUCUUCUCAUGAAUGAAGAUUAUUAAGAUCGUAUUAUCGCACGUUUAAGUUAUUCGUAAUGACUAUUCCUGAAUGUUAUAGACCUACACUACCUGCAUUACCACGAAAGUUCUCAUCCAAAGUCUAUUAAUACGUGUGCUCUACAUUAACUUGAGGACUCAAAAUUGCCGUCCUUGGAGAACUACAAUUCUGUGCAACCUACCCUUGAAGAGUGCAGAGAUAUGGAGACUGGAAAACAUAUCUUGUGCAGACAACCACCAACUUAUGGCAACCUCAUCACAAUUCUCUCGAUCGAUGGCGGAGGGAUUCGAGGAAUCAUUCCAGCUGUUGCUCUUGCCUUUCUAGAAUCAGAGUUGCAGAAACUUGAUGGAGAGGAAGCCCGGUUAGCAGACUACUUUGAUGUCAUUGCUGGGACCAGCACAGGGGGACUUGUGACUGCGAUGCUCACUGCACCAAAUAAGAAGAGAAGACCACUUUUUGCGGCGAAGGAUAUUCAAGCAUUUUAUAUGAACCAUGCUCCCAGGAUUUUCCCACAGCUCAGGGGUGUAUUUGGUAGGAUAAUGAGGAUACUUCGCUCAUUGUCAGGACCUUAUUAUGAUGGUAAGUACCUUCAUGAAGUUGUGAGAAAGAAGUUAGGAAGUGCCAGGCUGCAUCAGACGUUAACAAAUGUGGUAAUACCAACUUUCGACAUCAAGCGGCUGCAACCAACCAUUUUUUCGUCGUAUGAGGUUAAGAAGAAGAAGAAGAACACAAUGAAUGCUUUGUUAUCAGAUAUUUGCAUCAGCACGUCCGCUGCUCCAACUUAUUUGCCUGCGCAUUACUUCAAGACUGAAGAUUCUCAUGGAAACAUCAAGGAGUUUAAUCUUAUUGAUGGGGGAGUAGCUGCCAAUAAUCCGGCCUUAGUUGCCAUUGGAGAAGUAAGCAAGCAGAUAUUCAAGCAAGAUCCAGAUUUCUUCCCAAUAAAACCUAUGGACUAUGGCCGGUUUUUGGUCAUUUCACUUGGCACAGGCUCAUCAAAAUUUGAAGAGAAGUACGAUGCACAAAAGGCUAAAUCAUGGGGAGUGUUGGAUUGGUUACUUAGCAGUGGAUCUACACCAUUAGUAGACAUUUUCACACGGGCAAGUGCAGAUAUGGUGGAUAUUCACAUUGCUUCUGUUUUCAAAGCCUUACAUUCGGAGCAGAACUAUCUGAGAAUUCAAGAUGAUAAACUACGGGGGACACUCUCUUCAGUUGAUGUUGCCACCAAGGAUAACUUGGAGAAACUUGUCAAUGUUGGAGAGAUGCUGCUAAAGAAACCUGUCUCACGGGCAAAUUUGGAGACUGGCCAGAUGGUGCCUGCUUGUAGUGACACAGAGGAGACCAAUGAGGAAGCACUCAAGAGAUUUGCAAAGCUGUUGUCUGAUGAAAAGCAAAUUCGCCAAGCAAGAUCACCAAAAUGAAGUCCGAUCUCUUUUGUGUCAAUGCUCUGCCAGAGAUUUUAUUUUCUCUGCAUGACAUACACCAGUCACCAAUUAGUUGAUAUGUUUGUUGAAGUUGCACUGUAAUGUAGUUAAAUAAAUGUGUAGUGAGGCAUACUGACUGCUAUAGCUUGAUAAUGUCAGGCGCCGAUGGCUUUAUUGAUAUGUAAAUACAAAUGUUCUUUUAAAUAAAACUAAGCAUUUAAUUA